AUGGGACGUAUGAAUGUAGCUGUGAUUCGUUACAUGGAACAAGAACAUUUCCGUGUUCUUUUUGCGUUGGAAAUGGGAAUGAGAAAUCAUGAAUUGGUACCUUUGGAAUUGAUUGCAUCAAUUUCUAAAAUACAUCGCGGUGCUGUCUCAUGUAGUCUUAUUAAUUUAGCAAAGCAUGGCACUGUUGCACAUGAACGUGGAAAACGCUAUGAUGGUUAUCGCUUAACGACACUUGGUUACGAUAUUCUUGCUCUGAAAGAUCUCUGUUCUCGGGAAGUAGUUGGAGCAGUUGGCAAUCAGAUAGGCGUUGGCAAAGAGUCUGAUGUUUUUGUUGGUGGCGAUCCAAAACUUAAUGACUUAGUAUUGAAAUUCCAUAGAUUGGGAAGAAUAUCAUUUCGAAAGUUAAAGGAAAAAAGAGAUUAUUGCAAAAAGCGAAAGUCAUGUUCUUGGCUUUAUCUUUCUAGUCUAGCUGCAGCAAAAGAGUUUGCUUUCCUGAAAGCAUUACACGACCACAAUUUCCCACUUCCAAGGCCAAUCGAUAGGUGUCGUCAUGUGGUUGUUAUGGAUUUAAUUAAUGGUACAACGCUUUGCCAUGUGCAAAAACUAAACGAUGUAGAGGGACUAUAUGAAAAAUUGAUGAAUAUUAUCGUACGCUUAGCACGUUAUGGACUUAUACAUGGUGAUUUCAAUGAAUUCAAUAUUAUGUUAACUGAAGAAGAGGAACCUGUAUUAAUCGACUUACCGCAAAUGGUCAGUAUGGAUCAUACAAAUGCGCAAUUCUAUUUCGAAAGGGAUGUAAACUGCGUUCGGACCUUUUUUAGAAGACGAUUUAAUUAUGAGAGCGAAUUAUAUCCAAACUUCGAUGCUAUGACGAGGAAAUAUAAUCUUGAUGUGGAAGUGAGUGCUAGCGGGUUUACUUCUCGCAUGUCAAAAGUUUAUGAAAAGGCUCUGGAAGAAGUGCAAGAGGAUGAUGAUUCCUCAACUAUCGGGGAUGAAAAUGAUAGUAGCGAGGAGUCAUCUGAACCUCACAGUGAUAUCGAUGAAUCGAAUGAACAAAUGCUCAAUAAUAGUUGUAAUAAUAGGCUGUGCGAUUGGUUGAAGAAUGCUGUAGAUGAGCUGGAAAAACUAGAUGUUAACGAACGUCCAUUGUUGGAUGACUGCUCAUAUACCGUCAAUGAAAAGAAUCGUGAAGUAAUUGCUGUUGAUUGUACUGCAAGCUGUUCAAAGCCUGAAGAUAAUAUGCUGCAUGAAGAGGAGCAAGUCGUAGCGCCGCUUAAAAAUAGAGUGACUACGAAGUCUGUUUUUAGCAUGGGGUCAACAAUAGCACCAGAGGUGGUCCGAAAGCGUGUUGCUGCAGAAAUGAACGCAAAGAAAAAGACACGUUUGCGAGUGAAAGGGAAAGCUAACGCAUUAGUUCGAGGAAGAAAAACCAACGCAAAGAUUAUUAAGGAUUAUUCUGGAUGGGAUUUCUGA